ACGAAGCAUGAGAGUUCGGUGCUGCCACUAACAUUUACAGGUACAGGUGCUCCAUGGUGAAGUAGCUGCCGGCCCUAAUCUGUGUGGUGUCUGUUUCUCAACAGGUAAAAGUCAUGCUUCGAAUUUGUUCCACUUUGGCUCGAGAUACCUCGGAAUCCAGCUCUUUCUUAAAGGUGGACCCACGGAAGAAGCAGAUCACUCUGUACGAUCCCCUCACCUGUGGCGAUCAAAAUGUCUUCCCAAAGAGAAGCAACCAGGUCCCUCCAAAGAUGUUUGCAUUCGACGCCGUGUUCCCACAAGAUGCCUCUCAGGCCGAAGUGUGUGCUGGAACGGUGGCGGAGGUGAUCCAGUCUGUGGUGAAUGGGGCAGAUGGCUGUGUGUUCUGCUUUGGCCACGCCAAGCUGGGGAAAUCCUACACCAUGAUCGGGAAGGAUGACUCCAUGCAGGACCUGGGCAUCAUCCCCUGCGCCAUCUCUUGGCUCUUCAAGCUGAUCGAUGAGCGCAAGGAGAAGACAGGGGCGCGGUUCUCCGUGCGGAUCUCGGCAGUGGAGGUGUGGGGCAAGGACGAGAAGCUGCGGGACCUGCUAUCCGAGGUGGCCACAGGCAGCCUGCAGGACGGCCAGUCCCCAGGCGUGUACCUCUGCGAGGACCCCAUCUGUGGCACACAGCUGCAGAACCAGAGCGAGCUGCGGGCCCCCACUGCCGAGAAGGCCGCCUUCUUCCUGGAUGCUGCCAUCGCCUCCCGCAGGGGCAACCAGCAAGAUUGCGACGAGGACGACCACCGCAGCUCCCACAUGCUCUUCACCCUGCACGUGUACCAGUACCGGAUGGAGAAGAGUGGCAAAGGUGGAAUGUCUGGAGGUCGCAGCCGUCUGCAUCUCAUCGAUCUGGGCAGCUGUGUGAAAGCUCUUGGCAAAAACCGAGAAGGAGGCUCUGGGCUGUGCCUCUCACUGUCCGCUCUGGGUAACGUCAUCCUGGCUCUGGUCAACGGCAGCAAACACAUUCCAUACAAAGACAGCAAGCUUACCAUGCUGCUGCGUGAGUCCCUGGGGAACGUGAACUGUCGCACCACCAUGAUCGCUCACAUCUCGGGGGUGGCUGGCAACUACGCAGAGACCCUGUCCACCAUCCAGAUCGCGUCGAGGGUCUUGAGGAUGAAGAAGAAGAAGACAAAGUACACAUCAAGUUCCUCUGGAGGAGAGAGCUCCUGUGAGGAGGGCAGGAUGCGCAGGCCCACCCAGCUGAGGCCGUUCCACGCCAGGGCCGCGGCGGACCCCGACUUCCCCCUCGGUCCCCUGUCCAGCGAUCCCGACUACUCCUCCAGCAGCGAGCAGUCCUGUGACACCGUCAUCUACAUCGGGCCCAAUGGCACAGCCCUCUCCGACAAGGAGCUCACCGACAACGAGGGGCCCCCAGACUUUGUCCCCAUCGUGCCAGCCCUGCAGAAGACCAGGGGUGACAGCCGGCCUGCAGAGGCAGUGGAGGCUGCUGCUGGCAAAUCAGAAAGGGACUGCUUGAAGUGCAACACGUUCGCCGAGCUCCAAGAGAGGCUGGACUGCAUCGACGGCAGCGAGGAGCCCAGUAAGUUUCCCUUCGAAGAGCUGCCUGUCCAGUUGGGGCCAGAGCAGGCAGGCAGAUGCCCCCCGCUAAGCCAAGCAGCUGGGGCCGACCCACUGUCUGAGUCUGAUAAAGAAGACAGCCGGUCAGAUGGUGGCCAGCUGACCGACAGGGAAGGUACGGAGCCCCCAGCCUCCAAGACGCAGAGGAGUCUCUCCCCUGUGCCUGCCGCAGCGCGAAGAAGCCCCAGCCCGGCCUCAACCCGUAGCAUACCAGGCGGCAGCAGCCAGCACAGCGCCUCCCAGCUUGUGCAGAGCCUCAGCCUCCAGAGCAGCCGGGAGAGCCUGAACUCCUGCAGCUUCGUGGAAGGCAAGCCCAGGCCCAUGGGCUCCCCCCGGCUAGGCAUUGCCAGCCUGUCCAAGACCUCAGAAUACAAGCCCCCCGGCUCUCCCUCGCAGAGAUGCAAAGUCUACACCCAGAAGGGGGUCCUGCCCUCCUCUGCCCCGUUGCCUCCCUUGAGCAAGGACUCCAGCAUGGUCUCUAGUGAGUCCUUGCUGCAGCCUGAAGUCCGUACUCCCCCGGUUGGAAUGAGUCCCCAGGUUUUGAAGAAAUCCUUGUCUGCAGGGAGCGAGGGGUUCCCAGAAACCCCCGUUGAGGAGGAACAUCAGGAAGCUCCGUCUCCAGACGCCAAGAAGGAGAUCGUGAGCACCACCAUGGUGACAGUGCAGCAGCCCCUGGAGCUGAACGGGGAGGACGAGCUGGUGUUCACGCUGGUGGAGGAACUGACCAUCAGCGGGGUCCUGGACAGCGGCCGUCCCACCAGCAUCAUCAGCUUCAACAGUGACUGCUCAGUGCAGGCCUUGGCCUCGGGCUCCCGGCCCGUCAGCAUCAUCAGUAGCAUCAGCGAAGACCUGGAGUGCUACUCCAGCAUGGCACCUGUGUCUGAGGUGAGCAUCACGCAGUUCCUGCCCCUCCCGAAGCUGAACCUGGAUGAGAAGGUGCGGGAGGCAGGCAGCCGGCGCUCCUCCAUCAGCUCCUGGCUCAGCGAGAUGAGCACAGGCAGUGAUGGCGAGCAGUCCUGCCACAGCUUCAUAGCCCAGACGUGCUUCGGGCACGGGGAGGCUAUGGCCGAGCCGCCGGCCUCGGAGUUCGUCAGCAGCAUCCAGAACACCGCUGUGGUAUGCAGCGAGAAGCCCAGGGCGGGGUCCGACAACCUGCUCAUCUUGUCUGAGGUAGGGGAAGACUCUUUCACCAAAGCCACUCCCAUCAAAGGCUGCAGGAUAUCCGCUCUGGGCAAGGCUAUGGUCACAAUCUCCAACACAGCCAGUCUGAGCGGCUGCGAAGGGUACAUCCCCAUGAAAACAAACAUCACGGUUUACCCCUGUAUCGCUGUGAGCCCCCGGAGUGUGCAAGAGCCCGAGGCCUCCUCGGUCACUCCCAAAGCAGCCCCCAAAGCAGCCCAGGCCCAAGAGAGCAAGGAAACCAGUGCAAAGAAAGAGAUGAAAUUUGAAGACCCCUGGCUAAAACGAGAAGAGGAAGUGAAAAAAGACAAUGCCUAUCCCAGCGAAGAAGGGACUAUUUAUGAAGCCGCCACAGGCCCCACAAAGCCUGAGGCCAGACCAGAGCAGGAACAGGACCGGAAGCCCGGCGCAGGGGACAGGCUGAGCGGCAGCAGUGGCGAGGUGUCUGCCUCCCCGGUGACCGAAAACUUCAAGAGAGUAGUGGAUGGCUGUGAGAUGACGCUGCCCGGCUUGGUGGUCCAGAGCCCCAUGCCUUGCAACAAAAGCCUGAAGUCCAGCAGCCUCCCAAGGGCAUUUCAGAAGACCAGCCGGCAGGAGGAGCUGGACAGCCUCUUCUACCAGUACGCAGCGGACACCAACGGCCUGGGCCCAGCCCAGCCCUCAAAGGCAACCCUGGAGAGGAAGGUGGCUUCACCCAAGCAUUGUGUCCUGGCUCGACCCAAAGGAACGCCUCCUCUGCCUCCUGUCCGCAAGUCCAGCUUGGACCAGAAGAACCGGGCCAGCCCCCAGCACAGUGGCAGCAGCAGCAGCACCAGUAGCCCCCUGAAUCAGCCAGCCACCUUCCUGGCCAGCUUCCCGGAUGAGCCCAGCAAGAUGAAGGAGGCCAGCAGCAGCAGCAGCAAGUUGUUCAGUGCCAAGCUGGAGCAGCUGGCCAGCAGGACCAACUCUCUUGGCAGAGCAACAGUCAGCCACUAUGAAUGCCUGUCGCUAGAGAGGGCCGAGAGCCUGUCCUCCAUGAGCUCACGGAUGCCCGUGGGCAAAGACAGCACCAUGCCCCGCGCAGGCCGGAGCCUGGGGCGCAGCAGCACAGGGGCCUCGCCCCUCAACUGUGGCACCACCCAGUCGGUGGGGGCCUCGCCCAAGGCCAGCCAGUCCAAGAUCUCAGCAGUGAGCAAGCUCCUGCUGGCCAGCCCCAAAGCGCGCAGCCUGUCCACCUCCACCACCAAGACGCUCAGCUUCUCCACCAAGUCCCUGCCACAGUCGGUGGGCCAGAGCUCCAGCCUGCCCCCGGGCGGGAAGCACACGUCCUGGUCCACCCAGUCGCUCAGCAGGAGCCGGGGCUCUGGGCUGGCGUCCAAGCUGCCCCUGCGAGCAGUCAACGGGCGCAUCUCGGAGCUGCUACAGGGCAGCGUGGGCGCGCGCGCGCAGCUGCGGGCCGGGCCCGAGGCGGAGGAGCGCGGAGGCCCCGCGGAGGACAGGCCGGCUGCGCCCCUGCUGCCCUCGCCCUACAGCAAGGUGACGCCACCUCGGAAGCCACACCGCUGCAGCAGCGGCCACGGCAGUGACAACAGUAGCGUGCUGAGCGGGGAGCUCCCGCCGGCCAUGGGGAAGACCGCCCUGUUCUACCACAGCGGAGGCAGCAGCGGCUACGAGAGCAUGGUGAGGGACAGCGAGGCCACUGGCAGCGCGUCCUCCGCCCAGGACUCCAUGAGCGAGAACAGCAGCUCCGUGGGUGGCAGGUGCCGGAGUCUCAAAACCCCGAAGAAGAGGUCCAAUUCAGGUUCUCAGAGACGGAGGCUCAUCCCAGCACUGUCCCUCGAUACCUCCUCCCCUGUGAGAAAGCCCAGCGCCAGCACUGGGGUCCGCUGGGUGGAUGGCCCCCUGCGGGGUGCCCCGCGGGGCCUUGGGGAACCUUUUGAGAUUAAAGUCUAUGAAAUCGAUGAUGUGGAGCGCCUGCAGCGGCGAAGAGCAGGCAGCAGCAAGGAGCUCACGUGCUUCAAUGCAAAACUGAAAAUCCUGGAGCACCGGCAGCAGAGGAUCGCUGAGGUCCGAGCCAAGUAUGAGUGGCUGAUGAAGGAGCUGGAGACCACCAAGCAGUACCUGAUGCUGGACCCCAACAAGUGGCUCCGUGAAUUUGACUUGGAGCAGGUUCUGGAGCUGGACUCCCUGGAGUACCUGGAGGCGCUCGAGUGUGUGACAGAGCGCCUGGAGAGCCGCGUCAACUUCUGCAAGGCCCACCUCAUGAUGGUCACCUGCUUCGACGUCACCUCCAGGCGCCGGUAAGGAGGCUGGGCCUGGCCUGGCGGGUCCCCUCGCUCUCAGGACUUCAGAGAGACACCGCCCUCCCCAGGCCCUCCAUGCUGGCGGCACUCAGAGACUGUAGGAUGAGGAUGAAGGUUGGUGGCAAGUCUGGAGUGAGUGAGGAGAGGAAGGCGAUUUUUCUGUUUUUCUGUAGGGAAGGUGCAGACAACAAACCACAUGGACGGAGACGGUGAUGGGAAGCCUAGGACGUAGAAGCCUGCGAGACUGGAGGGCACGUUGAGGAACUUCCAAGAACUCGCUUGUACAUAAGAACUGCUAGCAGAGAGACCUCGCUCUUGCCUGCAUUUGUGAGGAGGGGAGGGGGCGCUGGAUGUGGCGUUGAAAGCAAAACAAAACACCAACAAGACGACCCAGAGUGAUGGAUCAAGUGCCUUGCAAAUCUUUA